GUGCUCGGACGAACACUCGAGGCGGCAGCUAGUUUCAGUUUGGUGCCCGCGCGAUCAGCAACCGCUGCAAGUCAUCAGGACGUUCGUCUAUAAUCUAUACAUAAUAUACGAAAAAUAUAUUAUUUUACAUAGAUUCAUAACCGUCAGUUCCCAUAUGACCUAAUCUAACAGAGUCCGAAACUCUUUUUUUUAAGUCUGUGAAUAAUAAAUCGUUUAACAAAUACGAAAUCGUCACUUUCGUCGAUCCCGCCAUUAUGAAGCGAUCCUACACCAUAAUCUUGAUGGCCUCGCUGUCCUUAAUAACAACCGAAGCCGCUCACAUGAUAUACGCACAAAACUGUGGUAAAGAAGAGUACAACCGGUGUAUCGCUCUGGCCGACCCGCUGGUGAAAGAUCCGCAUUUCAUCUACCCGGGAAAUCUAAAGGACAUCGAUAACAUAUGCCGCACUUGGACGCUGUUCGUUGAUUGUACAAAGCGGUACACCGAACAUUGUUUCGAGGAGAGCAAACGGAAAGUGUUUAACAAAGCCGUUGAAAACUCUAUCGAACUGGUCCAUCAAAUGUGCACGUCGCCUCAAUACCAGACAGAAUAUUUGAAACACGCUUCGUGUUUACGAACCACACUGUUUGACGACUCACGUUGUGGGAAACACUAUCGAUCUUUGGCCGGAUUCAUCUCGAACGAUACCAGUGGACCCAGUAUUUGUUGCACUCACCACAGAUUCCGGGAAUGUGUGCUCGACCAAACACGGAGGACAUGCAACCAAGACGACGAUUCGUUUACACAACAAUUGUUGGACAAAGCGUUUGGAUUUUUCCGCAACCAGUGUAUAGAUUACGUGCCCAAUCAAGACGAAUGUCCUGGAUAUGAAUAUUAUAAUGCGAUGACCACUAACCGAUGGCAAGACGAUAAGGGUAAAGGAUCUCCGAGUCCCAACCAGUGGCCAUCGACAAAACGACAGGACGAUUGGAGACCAGAGCAAAACACAGGAGGCUGGACCGGCGGACCAUCGACAGCGGCCGCGGGCAGCGAAAGGACGAGCCGCGGGCACACCGUGCAAGCCGCGUCGUUCAGCACGCCAACGUGGCAGGUGUCAGCCGCGGGUGUCGGCGGUGUUGUUGGAGGCGGUGGCGUCUCCCCGUCUGCUCAGCCACCGACCAAGAGACCGGACACCACCAGUUAUAUGAGCAACGUGAUCGACGAGCCCAACCAGCAGGGCCUGGCCCAGACUGGUGCCGGACCGGCGCCAAACGCACCGAGCGCCGCGACUAUCGCAGUCGCCCUGACGCUAUUGGCGGUCACAAAAAUUGCCACAUAAUAUCGGGAAAAAUAUUAUAACCAUUUAUACGAUAUUAUAAAAUAUUUUACCCUCGUUCGCAUAAUUGAUUAUAUUAAAAUUUGUUAUAUGAAUAUAAUAUUUUAUAUAUAAUAUACAGGGUGAUCCACCAAGCAUGCUCACUCCAUAUUUUGUUCAAUAAUGUAGUUAUCUGAAAUCUAAUUCUUAUCGAC